ACCCAUCUCAUUCCAGAAUGUUCGUUUCUUUAAGAAACAAAUGAAUCGGCUCACCUUUGUAUAGUGCUACAACACAUACACACCUUUCUUUUAUUUUAUAAUCCCAACUCUCAUCCUUCCCAAUAAUAACGUCUAGUACCUAGUCUUACCUUAGAGUCUAAUUGUUUAAUCAUCAAUGGCAAAGAAGUGCGUUCACAAAGGUUGCGGGAAGACGUAUGAGAACGAAGACGAAGCAUGUGUCUACCACCCUGGACCCCCAGUCUUCCACGAGGGACAGAAAGGCUGGAAAUGCUGCGAACCCCGCGUUCUGACUUUCGACGAGUUCCUAAAUAUCGAGCCUUGCACAACGGGCAAGCAUUCUGAAAUCGACGACACCCCUGCUCCCGAACCUACGAAAAAUGCUACGACAGAGGUCCCCAAUGAUACACCGGUCUCAUUAGGCUCUCUGGAAGAGGCAUUGCCCGCUCCCGUACCUCGUCUUCCAACCAACACUACCCAGACUGCGACCGCGAAACCCCCAGCGUCACCCGCACCCCCGCCCGAGGACGAAGACGAUGACCCUAGCCUGCCCAUUCCGGAGGGACAGUCGUGUAAGAGGAAGGGAUGUGGACAAUCAUAUAGUGGUGACUCAAGCCGGUCGGGAGAGAACUGCGUGCACCAUCCCGGUGUUGCGGUGUUCCACGAGGGUUCGAAGGGUUGGUCGUGCUGCAAGAGGAGGGUGCUUGAAUUCGACGAGUUCAUGCGAAUUGAGGGUUGCAAGGCGAAGGAUAAGCAUUUGUUCGUUGGUAGUGCGAAGAAGGCGGGAGAGGAGAAGCUUGAUAGUGUCAGGCACGACUACUACCAGACCGGCACGACGGUCACCGCAUCUCUUUACUUGAAGAAGAUCGACAAGGAGGCUGCAAUUGUAGAAUUCAAGCAGACAAAUGUCAACCUCGAUCUUCCCACCACCGACAGCAAGCGAUAUAGAUCCGAUUUCCCGCUCUACGCAGCGAUCAAACCGGCAGAGAGCAAGUUCAGAAUAUUGGGCACAAAACUGGAGUUGACCCUCGUCAAGGCAGACGGGACGAGCUGGCCUGUUCUAAGAUCAGACGAUAGACCGACGGGCGAGAUGAUCCAGGUUGGACGUGCUGGACGGGUCUAGACAAAACAAAGUCAUUCUCAUGGAAGGGAAUUGAAGAUGAGUAAAUGAUCUCUGACCCUCAACUAUUUCGUGUUCAGUGUGGGCUACGAACACUGGAGGGCGAUCCUGUUUGUGUAUCAAGAAAAACUGUGUCACAAGGCAAGGCCUUGUGAUCUGGUGGAGCCUGACUACGGAUGAAAAAACAAUAAUGAACUUUUGAAACAAACUGAGAAAUU